UGUCUCUCUAUCCGUCCUCUCCAUUCCACUCUGCUCCUGCCAGGAAGAUGAUGGUGAUGAUGAUGAUGUGACACCGUGGCCGGCCAAUGAUCACGCGAGGAGUGAGUGGAAGGGGUGUGUCCAGAGGCAGAGCUUGGAGCUGAUUGAUGCUGAGAAUACAGAGGAGGAAGAAGAGGCAGAGAGGGAGGUUGAGGAGGGUGGGGGAGGCCUUGUCCGAGCUGAGGAGCUCCUGUGCUGGCUUAAUAAAGGAGGUGAAGAGGAGGAGGGAGGGAGGAAGCUGUCACCUGUCAGAGGGGGAUCAACCUGUGCUGUCAUGGACAAAUAUCGACCAAAGAGACCGACCACCCUGGCUCUGUUUCCACAGCUGCCACAAGCCGGCACCCAGGACUCCAUCAACAACAACUCUUUAGGCAAGAAGGACAGCUGGAAGGACUCCCACUCUUCCUCCCCACACAUCACAGGGGAUCUAACACCAUCGGCUAUUCAACCAAAAGCAGAGGACAAAGUCCGGCACAGCACGCGCCGCCCGGCCCCAAAACCACCUAUUGCCAAUGGAGCCAACAGCAGAGCCAACACUCAGGCUUCUGCCACCAGCGCAGACACCCGUGCUCGACCACGGGAAAAACAGGGCUCCGGGGCCACACACACACUGUCCUCCAGCACACAGAGGAAUCAAAGGAGAGGAGUAGGAAGAGGUGGAGGAAAAGGAGUGACAGCAAUGAGAGAGAGGAGCCUGGGUGACAUCAAAGGAAAGGAUGGAGUGACAGCAGGAAGGGAAGAAAGAAGAGGAAAGCUUUGUGAGGAGUCCAAGGCAAAGGAGAAAGAGAGAAAUGGACAUCAGAGGCCAAGGGAAGCAAAUGGACUGAAAAGUCGAGGAGCUGAUGGAAAGGGAAAAGCAGGUGCUAAAGGAGCUAACAGAGCAACGGGAAUCAAGCCAAAUAACAUGCUGGCCAAAGAGGAAGUUUAUCUGACAGCCAUGGUGGUUCCACGUACGCCUAUAGCACCAAGAAACCAGGACAAGACCGAAGACCAAGGCCAAAACCAUGACAGGACCCAGGACAACCCACCUGCCCUCUCCAGGUCCAGCAGUGAGGGAGGGUCAAACAGAAUGUCCCUCAGUUCAGACACAGAGGGCCCCCCACCAGGGCCACUGCAUCCUUCUUUAUGCCACCGAAUCAACCCUGACAUCAGUGAAGAAGAGGGGGAGGGAGAUCCGACUCCCUGCAUGAACAUCCAGAAUGGUCCAACCCACUGUCUUGCAGAUAAUGAAAAAAUUGACUAUACCAAGUCAGAGGUGGACGCAUGGGGAGAAAAAGGUGACAAUAACACUGGGGUGGAUGGCACGAGCUCUGUCACUCAGGGAGAUCGUGUGGCUGCUCAGACUGUACCAACAAGUGAAGCUACAGCAGGGUUCAAUUAUGACUCUGUUAAAUAUACUCUGGUGGUGGAUGAACAUGCUCAGUUGGAGCUGGUCAGCCUAAAGACCUGCUUGCACGGUUACAAUGAGCACAAUGAUGACAGUGAUGCAGAGACAGUCUAUCAGUCAGCCAAUGAGGAGGAAGACCCAGAGUAUGAGGAGGAGAGGAAGACAAAAGAGGAAGUGAGGAAGCAAGAGAGGAGGAAAGAGGAGGAAAAGAGAAGAAAGGAGGAGGAAGAAACGAAGAGGAGGAGAGAAGAGGAUGUAAAGAGGAGGAGGGAGGAGGAGAUUAAGAGGAGGAGGGAAGUUGUAGCAAGGGUCUGCAAGCAGUCCAAGGUAACAUCAGCCACAACUUCAGAGGAAGACGAGUCUAAUGGAGGAAGAGCAGGAGCUUCCAGAAGUAGGAAGUUCCUCAACCUGUUUGCCAACAACAGCAACCAUUACAGUGCCACUGGUGCUGGGUCAUUUGGUCUGUUCUCCUGUGUUUUGGAUGGAGUGGAGAGACAGCAGAGUCACAGAGCGGUCUACAGGUUUGUGCCUCGCCAUGCAGAUGAGCUGUGCCUCGAAACGGAUGACCCGGUGUUGAUGCUGAAUGAGUCUGAGGACCUGUGGUGUCAGGGUUACAACAUGAGGACCGGAGCUACAGGCAUAUUCCCUGCCUUCUAUGCUGUCAGGUUGGCCAAAGAUAUUAGCCAAGUCCAGAAAGACAGUUGUAUAGAGCAGUUCCUGGUGCGAUUCCUGGGUUCGGUUCAGGUCCCCAUCCACAAAGGCAAUGACGUGCUGUGUGCUGCAAUGCAGAAGGUGGCAUGUAACAGGCGGUUAGCGGGUCAGCCUCCCUCAGCCUGUGUGCUGGAGGUCAGUGUGAAGGGUGUGAAGAUCAGUGUCCAGGACCAGUGUCACUCUGCUCACAGGGGGGAGCAGUGUUUCCAUUUCUUCCAGCUGAAGAACAUCUCAUUCUGUGGCUGUCAUCCAAAACACAGCAAGUAUUUUGGCUUCAUCACCAAACAUCCUGACCAACAGCGUUUUGCUUGUCAUGUGAUGAUGUCAGAGACAACAUUACAUCCUCUGGCUGAGUCUGUAGGGAGAGCAUUCCAGCAGUAUUACAAGGAACACAUUGGUUACUCCUGUCCCACUGAAGACAUCUUCAUCGAAUAACACCUUCCCUCCAUCCACAUUAUGUACUGAAUACUCACUUUGUGCUUGUAAGGCCUGGCCUUACACCGCAAACUGGACCACAGAUAUAUCUUUGUCAGAGUACUUGCAUGGUGGAUUUCUUUUUUAGCUGCAUCCAGUGAUACAGCGAGCUUUUCCUCCCUUUCACCAUGUCACAAUAUAAAUACCUCUAUGGAUGGACAGGAUCACAUGAGAUGUUCCGUACAGUGAGAACAAAUGUAACAUAAAUCUACCCAAAUUUAUUUUAUGGGCUAAAAUGACUUAUAUGUAACUACACAUAGAUAUUGGAUGUAAAACCAUACGGGCAGCCUUCAGGACUAUGGAGUUAAUUUAACGACAGAAUGUUUAUAUCAUCAGUUUGUGAACUUGCAGUGACACUUUUGGUAACUGAUUAACCAUUUGAGUCCUGUACCAAAAAACAGGAGUCUCUAUGUAGGCACAGCAGUGCUUUUAGCUAUUGUAAAUGCUAAUGUCAGCAUGCUAACAUACACACAGUGACAAUGUUUACCAUUACAUUCCAUUUAUUUACCAUGUCAGCUAAUAUUUGCUAAUUAUUAAUAUUUAUUUAUUUUAUUUAAUUAUUCUAAGAUAUGACAAGAAAAUGAGCUUCGAGAUAAUGGGAUAAGUAAUUUGUGAUCUCAAGAUAAGAUGGUUAGAAAAUGGUUUCUCAGCUACCAUAAGUUUGCAUACAUACAACAGUCAUCAUCAUUUUUAUUUCCCGUAACCGGUUUGUACUCAUUGUGAUGGUCACAUGAUCACUUCUGAAUCUUUAAUUCCAGUUUGCAAACUUGUCAUUUACUUCUAUGUAGAAGUAAAAUUGUGACAAAGUUCAUUGAAGGAAAAUGUACGAAAGUCUUGCACAUUUUUAAAAUUAUGCAUGAAUUCAAAAGUUUGGAAAAGUAGCAAAACGUAGCCACUUAUGUCAGAUUUGUACUUAACGGAUCAAGGUGAGCAUCUCCUGUACAUAACUACAUCUAUCUUUUUGACCAAAAUGAAAUGUAUACAUGCAUUAGAUCAGUCUUGAUUGGUAAACCAAGUGUUCACUUGGGUAAAAAGUAUCUAUUUAGUGCACAAACUAGAAUUCCAGUUCCAGAUAUUUCCAUGUGCAUGCAACAGUUUCAGGUGAGACAAGCAUUUCAUUUUUUCAAAGAUGUUGCUGAAUACAGCCACGUCAACUGCCUGAAAGGCAAGUAUGUAAACUUACAAACACACUCACACGAGAAUCUAAGAACAACACAAAAAGAAGGUAAAUUUUCUGUCUUUAAAUUAGCUUCAUCCUUCAUUUAAGAGCAACAAAAGUGUUAUGAAGGAAUAUAUAAUGCAAAUGAACUUCCUUGUUUCUUUGCACAAAUUAGGACAGAUUGAUGUUUCCAAAAAAUACAUAAGAAGAAUUCUAUAUCUUAUACUCCCCUGACUUGACAAUCUAUUGCUGAAGACCUUUGGAGUUGCUGUUAAGGUGCCUAAUUCUCUUUUUGCUGCUUGAUGUUCCUUUUCUUUCAAACGUGGUUCCAAAUACAUGCAGGGUUUCACUGGUCGAGCAAUGUCAUAAUUCAUUUAACUCUCUGUAAUAACAAGGCCCAAAUGACGUUGUGCAAUUAAGUAUGUGUGCAGGAGAGGCUGGUGAGAUGGUGGAUCACUGUGUAAAUCAUGUCCAAGUCUGUCCACAUCACUUUGAGCUCACACUUCUUUUGCAUUGCCUGUUCAAAUCUCGGACCAAGUUGGGGUUAAGUCAAUGUGGAAAUAAACUUCCAGUUUUUUGGCUUUGAUAUGAUUUAAAAUAAAUAAUGAACAGAUGGUCACACACUGACAGAAUAAAUAAUACAAAUAAUACAAAUAAUUAUUACCCAACAAUGUAUUUACCCUCAGUUCUAUGCAAGUUUUUAGCCUCUUAUAGCUACGCACACUACCCCAAUACAUCUUGUUUCUAGCAGCAGGCAGCUAUUCUCAGCUAAAAAGCUGAGCUACCAGCUCCAGCACUGAACAGAAGACAAAGUUAGAAACUAGUAGCUGAACAUCCUGUAUCAUUUAAGAGCUAAUGAGUCAGAUAUUUUUCUCAGGAGGUGGAAAAAAGUCCAUGGCUAAAAAGAAGGCUUACAUUUAUAUUUAUCAGGUCAUCUGAAACAUGACUCAAAGUAAUGUUGAAGAGACAAAGAGACAAACGCAAUAGCCAUAAUUGCUUUUAUGGGGUGACAAUGUUUCUUUCUGAUGUGUCACUGCAGUGUCAAAAUCAAUUAAUCAAUUCAGCUUUGAUAUCCAGAUGAUUGGAUUUGAGCAGGUCAAUGCAAAGGAAUCCUGAAAUGUUUUGUGUUCAAAAAACAGUGCCUACUUUAUUUGAGUCUUUCUGGUGUGGUGAUGGUGACUGUCUUCUGUAUUAACUAUUGACUUCAGAUGUCUCCAAUCACAGAACCUAAAAAUAACACCCAGUCUUAUUCAGACGAGUCAUCAUGUAGCUGGAUAUGACUUGGUACACCAAAGAUGGCUGCCAUGGAAUGUUAAAUAAUAUCAUUAAAGAGAGCUUAUAUUAGGUCAGCUAGGGUUUCGCUGAUAUAUGGAGCUAGUAUUGCCUUUCAGUCAGUCAUUCUGGUCCAAUGCUGUUUGAUUGUAUAUUUACUGUAGAACUACACCAAUUUUCUAUGGGAAGAUGUAAGAUUGUAAUGCAACAGUUUGGUGAGAUUAUGCAAGUCUGUGUGAAUAUAGUAGCAUUAGUCCUAGCAAUAUUAAUAGUCUUUGCUGAUAUUUUUAUUGAGAUUAUUUUGUCCCUUGAUCUAGCCUAGGGAGGAUAAAAAUGCAGGGCAAAUGGUAAAUACUUUUACAUUUGAAAUGCAUGAAAAUGGUUAAAGGAACUGAAUAUAUAUACAAGGCAUGCAGCUUCUGUCUGAAAAUAGUGGUAUUGGUCUCCAAAACUUGUAUCAGCUGAACCCUUUCCAUAAGACAACUUUUUUUUUUUAAGUCACUCAUGCAACAGGAAUUUUACAUCAAAUUAUAAGCAGACAAGAAAUCCACUAUGAUGAAUUACAAAUUUUAGGUCUUAAGUCUGUUGCUGUUUGAUUUUUACACAGGAGCACAAGUAAAAGAAAAUCAAUGGCAACGUGGAAGAAAUUUUAGUCCUCAUUUAAAAGUGCUCAUGUAAUGUGUGUCCACCAUAUGUUCAGUUCCAUGCCAGCCAUCUGACGUGGAAGGUCACAGGAAGUUGAUGUUCCACCAGAGAGUGUCCUUGUGUCCUUUCCAUGUAUUCCACUUUCUACCACCAUGGUGAUCUACUGUACAUGACUCAUCCAUAUAUAUCCAUCCUGUAUAAAAACUGUAUGUAUGUAUGUUUGUAUAGGAGUUAUUAUUGUAUGCUGUUGGUUUGACCAAAACCUGGGUGUAACGCCGCAUGAUAUCGAUGUUGUAAAAUGAAGACACAGAAGAUGCACAGAUUGGUGGUAAUGGUGGUGGUUAUUCUUGUCAAUAAAUCACAUUUACAACUGCACUUACAAUACAUGUUUUUAGUAGGAACCAAAUUACCUUUUUAUAUUGAGUGUAAGUCUGUUACAUAGUAACCACAUUAACACCCGAUAAGUAUUAUAGUAUUUAUAAAACAACAAAAGAAGCAUAAAGACGUUAAAACACAACAAACCAAAGACAUAAAAAAA